AUGAAAGUUUGGUGCUGCUCUUGUGUCCAUUGUCAGUACAUAUGCAACUUGCAGGUGUACACAGGAAAAGUCGACAAAAAACCGGAGAAGGGACAGGGCAAGAGAGUGGUACUGGAUCUGAUGCAGCCAUUUACGGGUCUUUGGAGAGAGGUGACUACAGAUAAUUUCUUCAGCUCUCUCCAACUCUCCGACGACCUGUUCAAGGACAACACCCUUUUCACGGGAACGGUUCGAACGAACAAACCAGAUUUGCCGGAUAGCUUCGCCAAGUCGGCCAGCCGGGCACCCAACUCGGUACUGGUCGGCUAUAACGGCGUAAGCACCCUGACUUCUUUUAUCGACGGACACAAAAAAAAGCCGGCCAUUGUACUGACAUCAACCCUUACCAAAACCACAAUCUGCGGCAAAAAACCACCAAUCGUGCUUCACUACAACGGGACGAAGGGCGCUGUUGAUGCAGGCGAUUUCAUCACUCGCAAGACGAACUGUGUCCGAAAGACCAGGGUAUGGACGAAGAAACUGGUGAUGGAACUCCUGAGCGUCGCCUGCUUGAAUGCGAGUUGCCUGUACCGGUUGAAGUACCCGGAGCGGUGCAAGGGCAAAAGUUGGAGAUCAAAUUUUCUGCAACAACUGUGCGACCAGCUCAUUCAGGAGAACGUACAGGAACGUGUAAAAUCUCAAAGGCUGACAAAGGAGUUACGAGGGCAGCUGAACGCGUUUUCUUCUCGCCAAAUGGAAGCGGGCGCAAAACUGUGCAACUGGUGUGGCAAGGAGUCUAGGCCAAUCCGUACCUGUUGUAUUUGCGCGGAAGCAGUCUGUAAGCAACACUACACUGAGAUGGACCUAAAGUUUUGUAGAGAGUGUAAGAAGCAAGGCCUGAAACCAAAGACGACGAACACAAAGAUAAGUCGAGUUCGGUGCGAGACGUGCAAAGUGGAUCGGAAAACUGAAACGAAAUGUGCUCAUUGUGAGACUGCCAUCUGUGGCGUAUGCGGAAAGUCAGCCAAAGUAAUGUUGUGCGAAAAAUGUUCAAAAGCUUGA